ACAAAUGACCAUUAGCUGUAAAGAGAAGCGAUGAAAAGAGAGAAGGUUCUGUUUUGUUACAUUUAGUUGGAAACAGCCGUCCUCCGGAAGAAAAAGUAGCAAGUAUUCUCUCCCUUCUCCUUUCACUCUUUUGCCUCACCGGGCAACCUCGGCCAUCCAUGAGUGCCAGCAACUCUUCUGCCUACCGAUCGGAGCGGAGUUUCCAUCAGACCUCGUCCUCAUCUUCCUCCAGCAACCCAUACAUGGAGAAGAGUCACGGGAUGUUUUCCGAGGACUUUGGCCCCUUCAUUAGGCCUGGGGGCAACACCUUGGGCUUUUCCAGUGGAAGCGGGAAGAUCAAAGCUCUCGGGGAUUCAUACCAGUUCACAGUAGACGUUCGAGACUUCUCCCCUGAAGACGUCAUCGUCACCACGUCCAACAACCAAAUCGAAGUCCGUGCCGAAAAGUUGGCCCAGGAUGGUUCUGUGAUGAACACGUUCACCCACAAAUGUCAGCUACCCGAGGACGUGGACCCCACUUCAGUGACGUCAUCACUGGCUGCAGAGGGGACUCUAACGGUCCGGGCGCGGCGACACCCAGCCAAACACGAGCACGCACAGACCUUCCGCACUGAAAUUAAGAUUUAAACAAUUAUCAACAUAGACACGCUCUAUUAAUAAAUGCUUUUCAUGUAUUAAAAUACUGUAUUAUCUGUUGUUGUCUGAAUAAAACUCUCUUACUCUUU